AUGGAUCUCAUCAAGCAUGAAAUCGCACACCUCGAUGCUUUCCGGGAUUUGCUGAGCGAAGAGGGCAUCGCCGAUGAAGUGUGUUUCCGACUUGGCGAGACAUUUGACGCAGCGAUGUCAGAUGAAGCCUGGGAACGCCUGAAGGGCGCAUACGAAGCAAUGAAGAAAGACCACGGUGAAGGUCACGAGGUGGUCAGGGCCUGUAGGCUAAUCGAGAAUCUCAGCGAUGCGGAGGAGUUCACCCAGAUGAAGGGGUGUCUGGGAGCAGUGGUGCAUCCGACCGGUCAAGUAUGGCCGUACAAGUUUGUCCAUGCACUACUCCGGACAGUUCUCAAAGCUGGUAAUUUGAACCUCCAAGCACACACUCCAGCGGAGACUGUCUCUGAGAGGGACGAGUCCGGCUGGAUCACAGUCAAGACCGCCAGGGGGGAUGUACGCACCAAGGCCGUGAUGCAUGCCACAAAUCGAUGGGCCUCCCAUCUGCUACCGGAGUUCAGCAAUCUCAUCUUUGGGAGUAGAUCGACUCUAGCAUCCAUCAAAGCACGAGAAGGCUUCAUCAAGCAUACAGGCGCCCAGCAUUGGGACAGUAUGGUGAAUAAUUAUCAUCUGCAACUCCCACCACCUUACAACAGCAUCAUUAUCGGCGGAGCAAGAUCUCUUCUGGUGCACUCUCCUCAAGAUUGCUACCGGAAUGAUGAGGAGGAUAAACAAUUCGAUGGGGUCCCUGAGUUCUUCCAGUCAUGGCCUAAGUCGGACAUUGCGGAAUGGCCCGGUAGCCAUCCCGCAGAGCUAGCAAGGAACGUCGACGACGGAGGCUGUUGGUCCGGAAUUGAGUCUAUGAGUAUUGACGCGUUCCCAUUUGUCGGUGACAUUCCAGACCGGGAUGGACACUUCGUCGCGGCGGGCUUCUCAGGCCAUGGUACGUGUUUUCUAUGA